GAGACAGAGCGAGACGAGGCUGGACGCGGAUGUGCAGCCAUAUUCGGCUUCACACACCGACCUCACCGGGAGAAAUACACACUCAGACAUACGAACGGCCAUUCCUAACUGCGCGUGGAGAUUUAUUUUAAUCACAGCAACUCGUUAUUUUUAUUUGUUUGGAUUUUCACGGGGGAGAAUAUGGACGUCCGGGCAAGCUGAUAUUAUUCGACGGGAUAGAAAAAGCCUCCCAUCCUUGUUUCUUUCAGCGUGAAAAGUGUCGGGAUUGCAGCGUUAGGCAGGAGAGAGAACGGAAAUGACAGCGGCGGAGGCUGGGGCCGGGAACUGACGGCUCGGGAACCACAAACAAGCGUCGUUUAUCGAGCUGAGCAGAAUGUUGGGCUUGUUUUGCUAGCUAGCUAGCUAGCUGGAUGGCUAGCUAGCAAGUUGGAGUCUGGGACUUGUUCAGAGCUCCACCUCGGCCCAGCACUGAUUCAGGCUUUAUUCUGUUAGCCGUUUAGCCUCUCGCGCAGGACUUGCACCUCGCCCUAGUCGCCGCUAAUCCCGUUUUUAUUACAAGCGCUAUCAUCUACACUACACACGGGUUUAGGGUUAGUUUUGUUCUGCGGUAAGAAAGAAGAGGAGCUCAGGCCGCUGAUAGAAAAAUGUCGGCAAAGGUGCGUCUGAAGAAGUUGGAGCAGUUGCUGCUGGAUGGCCAUCAGAAGAGCCCGAGCUCCCUGAGUGUCGAGACCCUCCUGGAUAUUCUCGUGUGUUUAUACAACGAGUGCAGCAGCUCGCCCCUGAAACGGGAGAAACACGUGACCGAGUUUUUAGAAUGGGUCAAACCGUUCACCACCACCGUAAAAGAAAUGCGUCUCCACAGGGACGACUUCGAGAUGCUCAAGGUGAUCGGCCGGGGCGCCUUCGGAGAGGUCGCUGUGGUAAAGAUGAAAAACACAGAGCGCAUUUACGCCAUGAAAAUCCUGAACAAGUGGGAGAUGCUGAAAAGGGCUGAGACCGCCUGUUUCAGAGAGGAGAGGGACGUCCUGGUGAACGGAGAUUGCAAAUGGAUCACAACCUUGCAUUAUGCCUUUCAGGAUGAUAAUUACCUGUACCUAGUGAUGGACUACUAUGUGGGUGGGGAUCUGCUAACACUACUCAGCAAGUUCGAGGACAGGCUGCCAGAGGACAUGUCCAAGUUCUACGUGGCAGAGAUGGUUCUUGCCAUUUACUCCAUCCACCAGCAGCAUUAUGUGCACAGGGAUAUUAAACCUGAUAAUGUGCUGCUUGAUAUGAACGGCCACAUCCGCCUGGCCGAUUUCGGUUCCUGUCUACGGAUGAUGCCAGACGGCACGGUGCAGUCAUCAGUAGCAGUAGGAACCCCAGACUACAUUUCCCCUGAGAUUCUGCAGGCCAUGGAGGACGGCAUGGGGAAGUAUGGGCCUGAGUGUGACUGGUGGUCUCUGGGUGUGUGCAUGUAUGAGAUGCUGUAUGGCGAGACACCUUUCUACGCAGAGUCUCUGGUUGAGACUUACGGCAAGAUCAUGAACCACGAGGAACGCUUCCAGUUCCCAUCUCACAUCACUGACGUAUCGGAGGAUGCCAAGGACCUGAUGCAGAGGCUGAUCUGCAGUAGGGAGCGCAGGCUGGGCCAGAACGGCAUCGAGGAUUUUAAGAAACACCCCUUCUUCUCUGGCAUUGACUGGGAGAACAUUCGCAGCACUGAAGCCCCCUACAUUCCUGACGUCAGCUCUCCUUCCGACACUUCCAACUUUGACGUGGACGAUGAUGUACUAAAGAACCCGGACAUCGCUCCUCCCAUUUCCCACACUGGCUUUACUGGUCAGCACCUGCCCUUUGUGGGUUUCACCUACACCACUGAAAGCUGUUUCUCAGAUCGGGGUCGCCUCAGGCUGGCAGCUCUGGCUGAUGGAGGCUCAGGAGAGGAUCUGCAGCCCCAUAAAGAUGGUGGCUUGCAGCUUGAGGCCUUUGAGAGGAGGAUCCGCUCACUAGAGCAGGAAAAACAAGAGCUCAGCCGCAAGCUACAGGAAUCAACACAAGCUGUGCAGUCCCUUCAUGGCUCGGGUCGCGGCACAAGCACACUAGGCCGCGAUAAAGAGAUAAAGAAGCUUAAUGAGGAGAUAGAUCGCCUAAAGAAGAAACUAGCCGACUCUGAUAGGCUGGAGCACCAGCUGGAGGAAGCGGUGACUUUGCGGCAGGACUACGAGAGCUCCUCCACCAAGCUCAAAGCUUUGGACAAGCAAGUGAAAAGCCUUCGUCAAGAAAAGGAGGACCUCAAUAAGCAACUGGCGGAGUCUCUGGACCGCAUGAAAUCUCAGACGAAAGAGCUGAAAGACGCUCACCAACAGAGGAAGCUGGCCAUGCAGGAGUUCUCCGAGCUAAACGAGCGCAUGGCCGAGCUGCGCUCACACAAGCAGCGGCUCUCACGACAGCUCCGCGACAAGGAGGAGGAGAUGGAGACACUCAUGCAGAAGCUCGAUGGCAUGCGCCAGGACAUCCGCAAGACCGAGAAGGCCCGAAAAGAGCUGGAAGCUCAGCUGGAAGACGCUCGUGCAGAAGCGUCUAAGGAGCGAAAGCUGCGAGAACACAGUGAAGUUUAUUCCAAACAGCUGGAAAGUGAACUGGAGACACUAAAGGUGAAGCAGGGCACCGGUCGAGCAUCCAAUGUGAGCGCUGAGACGCAGCAGGAGCUGACCAAGGUAAAGUCUGAGCUGGAUAAGAAGAUGCUGUUCUAUGAGGAAGAGCUUGUCAAGCGCGAUGCCUGCCAUGGCACAGAGCUGAAGAACAUACGCAAAGAGCUGCACGAUUCUGAGAGCCAGCAGGUCUCCCUGCAGAAGGAGCUGCUUGUGCUUAAGGACAAGCUGGAGAAAGCCAACAAGGAGCGUCAAAUGGAGAUGGACGAGGCUCUGGGUUCCCUAAAAGAGAAAUUUGAGCGUGAACGGAGCCUGCUGACCGAUGAGAACCGCAAGCUGACCUCGGAAACAGACAGGCUGUGCACAUUUGUGGACAAACUGACAACCCAGAACAGACAGCUAGAGGACGAGCUGCAGGACUUGGCUUCGAAGAAGGAGAGCGUUGCACACUGGGAGGCACAAAUCGCUGAGAUCAUUCAGUGGGUAAGCGAUGAGAAGGAUGCACGUGGCUACCUGCAAGCUCUAGCCUCGAAGAUGACAGAGGAGCUGGAGUCACUACGCAGCUCCAGCCUAGGAUCCAGACAUCUGGACCCCUUGUGGAAGGUGCGUCGCAGUCAGAAGCUAGACAUGUCUGCCCGUUUAGAGCUGCAGUCAGCUCUGGAUGCUGAAAUUAGAGCCAAGCAGCUGGUCCAGGAAGAGCUGCGGAAGGUCAAAGCUGCCAACAUCUCCUUCGAGAGCAAACUGAAAGAUGCUGAUGUGAAGAACAGGGAGCUGGAGGAGCAGUUGGAAAGCAUGAAGAAAGACCUGGAGGAGAGCCGCACACGCAACUCUGACCGAGGUCUUAAACUUCCAGACUUCCAGGACAACAUCUUUGAGUACUUCAACACUUCUCCAUUGGCCCACGACCUUACAUUCAGAACUAGCUCAGUCAGUGAAGUUGAAGCCACGCCUCAGAAAACAGACGUUCCCUCUUCCUCACCCUCAGCAGCUUCAGAGCAGGAUGAGCCUGUGAAGACCCCAGCAGCCACUCCAACUACCCCAUCUCCAGCUUACUCAUCAUCAAUGCUCAUAGCACCAAAGCCUAAAGCUCACCAGCUGAGCAUUAAGACCUUCUCGAGUCCGACACAGUGUACCCACUGCACAUCUCUAAUGGUGGGCCUGAUCAGACAGGGCUAUGCUUGCGAGGUGUGUUCCUUUAUCUGUCACGUGUCCUGUAAGGACAACGCUCCUCAGGUGUGCCCUAUUCCACCAGAGCAGGCCAAGAGGCCACUGGGAAUUGAUGUGCAGAGGGGUAUCGGCACAGCCUACAAAGGCUUUGUCAGGAUCCCAAAGCCUACCGGAGUGAAGAAAGGUUGGCAGAGAGCAUAUGCUGUGGUAUGUGACUGUAAACUCUUCCUAUAUGAGGUUCCUGAAGGGAAGUCCACUCAGCCUGGUGUGGUGGCCAGUCAGGUCCUUGACCUCAGAGAUGAGGAGUUUUCUGUAAGCUCUGUGUUGGCAUCUGAUGUGAUUCACGCUACCCGCAAAGACGUGCCUUGCAUAUUCAGGGUAACUUCGUCCACACUGGGCUCUCCAGCGCGGGCGGUGUCUCUGCUGGUCUUGGCUGAGACCGAGGCUGAGAAAAGGAAGUGGGUGGGCAUCCUCGAGGGUCUGCAGAGUAUCUUAGCCAAGAACCGGCUAAAGAACCGAAUAGUGCACGUCCUGCACGAGGCUUAUGACAGCAACCUGCCUGCAAUUAAAUCCACACUCUCCGCAGCUAUUAUUGACCGAGAACGAAUAGCAUUGGGCACAGAGGAAGGGCUGUUUGUCGUGGAGGUUACUAGAGAUGUCAUUGUGCGUGCUGCUGACUGCAAGAAAGUCCACCAGAUUGAGAUGGUACCUCAGGAGAAGAUGGUGGUGCUGCUGUGCGGUCGUAACCGAACCGUGCACCUGCACUCGUGGGGGUCGCUGGACGGUGCUGAGCCAUUGUUUGAUGUUAAACUGGCUGAGACAAAGGGCUGUCAGGCUCUCAGUGUUGCCUCGCUGCGGCCAGGUGGCUCCGCCUACAUGAUGGCUUCUGUGAAGCGCCAGGUGUUUUGCUAUGAGAUCACGCGGAGCAAGCCUUAUGCUCGGCGCCUGUGGGAGGUGCAGUCUCCAGGCGUGGUGCAGUGGCUGGGCAUGGUGCGGGGGCGAGUCUGCGUAGGCUACCCAUCAGGCUUUGCUCUGCUGGCGCUGCAGUCUGAGGUGGCACCAGUAAGCUUGGUGAGCCCUGCUGAUCCAUCACUCGCCUUCCUAGCCCAGCAGCCACUGGAUGCUCUUCAUGCAAUGGAGGUGGGUGCCAACGAGCUACUGCUUUGCUUCAGCCAGCUUGGCAUCUAUGUGGAUGGUCAGGGCCGUCGUUCACGCACCCAGGAGCUCAUGUGGCCUGCAACACCACUCGCAUGUAGCUCAAACUCCACAUAUCUGACUGUGUACAGCGAUUAUGGGGUGGAUGUGUUUGAUGUCCACACUACAGAAUGGGUUCAAACCAUUUCAUUAAGGAAGAUCAAACCCCUGAAUGUGGAAGGCAGUCUGAAUCUGAUGGGGUCGGAGCAACCCCGCCUCAUCUACUUCAGCAACAACGCUGCAGAAGGUUGUGAUCUGACUAUACCCGAGACCUCCGACAACAUUAAGAAACUGAUGGUGAGAACGCGGAGCAAGAGAAAGUUCCUCUUCAAGGUUCCUGAAGAAGAGCGGCUCCAGCAGAGGAGGGAGAUGCUGAGGGAUCCAGAAAUGAGGUCCAAGCUGAUCUCCAAUCCAACCAAUUUCAACCAUGUAGCCCAUAUGGGUCCAGGAGACGGCAUGCAAGUUCUCAUGGAUCUGCCUCUGUCAAGCGAGACUCCCUCCCCCUCUUCCUCCCGACACCACGCCCUGAUCUCCCCUCCAACCAACUUUGAGCACGUCUAUCACAUGAGUCCUGCCUCUGCUGGGCUCUAUCUGCAGAAAGAGGCUUCCUCCCAGCAGAGCCUGCCUCAGCUCUCCUCCUCUUCCUCCUCACCUUCCACCUCCUCCCUCGGAAGGAGCGUGAUGCCUUCCUCACAGGAUGACUUGACCAAGGACAAACCACGUCCUCUUUCUAGUAUUUCAAGGCAAACCAGGAGUAAGACCCACAUCACACGCACUGCCUCAGGCGGCGGUGAAUUCAUAGGAGCAGGGUCAUCUCGCAAUAUCUCAGAUCCCGAUCAGGACUUUGAUAGAGAGCCUGACUCGGACUCCACCAAACACUCCACCCCAUCCAACAGCUCGAACCCGAGCAGCCCUCCGAGUCCCAACUCCCCACACCGCAGCCAGCUUACUCUGGACGGUUUGGAACACUCCCUGGAUAGCUGAGCAUGAUAACCAGCUCAUGUGCACACAAACACCUCUUCACUUUAUCAUACUCUUCCUACCAUUCCCUUCCACUCACUUAGGACUCGCUACAAAGUGCCAAGACUCAACGUGUCAUCCAUAAUCUUUAGCUCAUUACUCGCCCUAACAUGACGGACACCGUGACUCUCCCUCCUCCUGGAUGCUGCGAAAGGAAAAGAUCUCCUGACCGGAGCUGGGAAACUGGGUCACAAAAUCAGGGCAUCUAUCUCGAUGAAAAUCCCAGCUUUCUCCUGCUGGGUUUGGUCAGUGGAAGUGGGUCAAAUCUGCCCCCUAGUGGAGCAUUUGUGGCAGGGUGUAAUAUAACUGCUUAUGUUGAUUUUUUUUUUUUUUUUUUUUUUUAUCUCAGUUUUGUCUCAUGCUUUUGUGUUUUUUAAAAUAGAUAUAUGGUUAUCUGCCAUCUGAUUUAAAAUCAGGGGCUCAUAUUAAAAAAACAAACAAACACUAAUUGUGACUGCUCUGAUCAUGAAACAUUUUCUGAAAGGUUCUGAUGUGAGGGAAAAAGAGACUGUUUUGUCGUUUUUAAAAUUGUUGUAUAAAAUUUCAGUGGACGUUGUUCACUCAUCUUGUGAUGGUAGGAAGGAACUCUUUACUGCUCUGGAGACCAAGAAUGAAACAUCCUCCCUUUAUUUCAGCUGGUCCAGUAAUGUAAAAAGAAAAAGACACCUUUUUUGCUGUUUUUUGAUCACUGACACUUCCCACUUCAGAUUGGAUUAGUUAUCAGACUGCGGGGAUUUUAAGCCAAACCAGUAGGCACUUUUAUUGUAUUUUUUUUUUCCUUUUUCCCAAUUCUGCAUUUUCAGCCAGCAUUUGUAUUAUUCAUGUUUUAACCUAGAUGUUUGACACAGAAAGAAAACAAGAAAAAAAAAGAUUUAGCUGGUGAUAAACGACACUGCUCAUAAAUGAUAACAAGAACCUAAAGUGAACAGAAACAAGACUUUACGUAUAGAUAAGUGUUUUAACAAAAGAAAUGGCACACAGCUAAAGGACCACACUAUUCAUAGGAUUUUAAUAGUCGUUCUGAAACUGCUGCUGCUUUUUGUGUGCUUUAUAAAGAAAUAAAUAUGUGAUAAGAUUCUCAUCAUAGCCAUGCUCAGUUAUCGGUUUAUAAACUGCCACAUCAUGGACCAUCUGUGAGCCAUUGUGUGCGAGUCUCGCAAGGUGAUUGUGUGGAUUUUGGAAUUGGAUGAGGACUAAGACACCAUGAGCUAUAGACGUUAAUGGUGCAGCGAUACUUUUUUCUUUUUUUUCCUGUCGUGUGCCUUCAGUUCCACCAUUGUCCACUACAUCAUUUCAGUUAUUUUUUUAAAAGGACAGGUUCAUCGUUUUAUUCUGUAUUAUUUCUUCCCAUGAAAACACUGUAUAGAACUUGCACACAAAAUGUUUGAGUCCAAGAUUUUUUUUUUGUGAGUGUGUCUGGGUGGUGUGUUUUUGUUUUGGUUUUUUUUGCUCCUCCUUCCCUUCUACCUGACUUCUAAAAACAGGACUUUAUCCUCAAAACACUACUGCUUUUGCUUCAGAAGAAAGAAAUCACAAAAAAUCUUUGUAAUUAUUGGAUUGUUAGUCUCAAAUCUGAACAAACAAUAAAAGAGUACCUGUGGCACUUGUGUUGUCAUACUGGUGUGUAAAAAUGGACCGGUCCUGAAUUUAAAUCUCCAGAUUUCAUCAUUUACAGUAGUUCAUGUUUAUCUUUAUGAAUGCUGUUGUCUCGUCUGAAGCAAAUGAUCUCCUUUGUACAAUCUGAAUAGAAGGGAAAUAUAUUUGUGUUUUGCAUUAAAAACA